UUACUGACGCUGAUAUAUCGCAAAUUGCGAUUGGCUGGAGUGGCCAAGCUGCGUUUGAAUAGGGGCGGCGAUGGCGGAUGGGGUUGAUGAAGCUGAGACCCACAGAGUGGUCCACCGGCAGCUGCAGGACAUCGUUCUCAUUCAGCAGCAGCAGAUCGAGAGCUUGAUAAAGGAUGGAGAAGAAGAAUCAGUAAGCAAAAAGAUGUAUGAAGAUGUUGUGAAAGAAUUGGAGGAUGAAAGACUUGAACAUGCUAAAACAAAAGCACUACUUUCCAAGGAGACUGAAAAACUGCAAUUUGCACUUGGUGAAAUAGAAGUUCUCAUGAAACAGCUGGAGCGGGAAAAGAAAGCCUUUGAAAAUGCACUGGAAAGUGUUAAAAACAAGGCAUUGAAGGAGUUAAACAAGAAUGACAAGUUAAAAAGCAAAUACAAUGAUGUUGAAAAUCAAAUAGAAAAGCAAGAAGUUAUUUUGAGUAGCAAAGAAGAUCAGAUUAAGGAACUUUGUCAUCAACUUGCCAAGCAGAAGGCUACAUUGAGACAACAGGUUACUGACUUUGAAAUAGAGAAACAGCAGAAUGCAUAUAUAGAACAUGUACUGGAAGGAAAGAAGAGGAAAGCACAUAGGAAGUUCCAUCAUGCUUCAAAGUAGUCCUGUGUACGUAGACUUGAAGAUAUUUCCUCGCAUUACAGUAUCAUUUUCAAGUGGUCGCAUUUUGGUGAAACUGAUGCUCUUAGCAAAGAGAUGCCUCCAUAGUUUAACAGUACACCAUGGGAACAGACCCUUCAGAUCAUGGUGUCUGUUCUGAUCAUGAUGUAUUUAAACUAAUUUCAACUGUUUGCACAUGAUUUGUAAGCCAUCAUUCCUUGCCUGUUUAUGUAUCUGUCUAAAAAUCCUCGGGUUUUGGUGGUGUAUGGGGUUGAUUGGCAUCCAGGGCGAUUUCACUGUGUGCUGCGUCUGCGAGGCUGAGUCUGGCGGCGCCUUGGAAGUCCAUAGCAGGGGUAUUCCCUUCUGUCGCCUCUGUGAGAUGACAAGUCUAUCGGGACCUAAGGACUUGUGGAAUCUGUGUGGUGUUUUCUUUCAAAUUUAUAGUCUUUUAACAUCUUUGGACUAUUUUUUACUGUGCCCAUGAUCUUUUUUUUAAUCCAUUAUGGUAUUGUCUGCACUGUUGUAACUAUAUAUUAACUAUAACUAUAUGUAACUAUGUGGUUUUGUGUAGGUCUUGUAGCUUUAGUUUUUGGUUUGUUGGGUGGUAGAGUUGGUCUCCUGACUUGGCGUGUCUGGGUAGUCUUGUUUUGUCUGGUGGAUUUGGAGCUCCUUUCUGGGGAACGCACUAAGAUGGUAGCACGAUAUUAAUGCGCAACAGCCUCUCCGGUCUCUGGAUUGGGGAUUGCCAAACGUUAUGUAGAUUUUCUGGUGUAGUCUGUUUUGUCAUGUGCUCUUGUGAUAUCAUUUUGGAGGAAUGUUGUUUCAUUUUUUAACUGCAUUGCAUUUGUGGUUUCUAAAUGACAAUAAACCGAAAUUCAAUUCA